AUAAGAGUGAAUUGCCUAGGAAUUGAAAAAGGGGUGGAAUUUCUUAGAUAUUUUCGGACUUCUGGAGAUGGGUAGGUGUUGUUUUAGUGGGAUUUUGACUGUGUUGUUGGGGUGUGUGUGGUUGGUGCUGCUGGGUGCAGUGGAGGGAUACCCAGCAGAGGAUCUGGUAGUGAGUCUGCCUGGUCAGCCAAGUGUUGGGUUCAAACAGUAUGCCGGGUAUGUUGAUGUGGAUGUGAAAGCUGGGAGGAGUUUGUUUUACUACUUUGUUGAAGCAGAUAAGCAGCCUGACAGGAAGCCCCUCACUCUUUGGCUCAAUGGAGGUCCGGGGUGUUCUUCCAUCGGCGGAGGUGCCUUUACGGAGUUGGGUCCAUUUUAUCCAACAGGUGAUGGUAGAGGCCUCCGGAGAAAUAAAAUGUCAUGGAACAGAGCAUCAAAUCUCCUUUUUGUUGAGUCACCUGCUGGAGUAGGAUGGUCAUACUCGAAUACUAGUUCAGAUUAUAACUCUGGGGAUGCCUCAACUGCAAGAGAUAUGCACACAUUCUUGCUGAAAUGGUAUGAGAAGUUUCCAACAUUCAGAUCCCGAGAGUUGUUUCUUACCGGAGAAAGCUAUGCAGGGCACUACAUACCGCAAUUGGCCAUUGCCAUAUUAGACCAUAAUAAACAAUCAACUGGUUUCAAGUUCAAUCUUAAAGGGGUUGCUAUUGGGAAUCCACUGCUGAGACUUGAUCAUGAUGCUCGGGCAACAUAUGAAUACUUUUGGUCUCAUGGAAUGAUUUCUGAUGAAAUUGGCCUUACUAUCAUGAACGAAUGCGAUUUUGACUAUUAUUUCUCUGCAAAUACUCACAAUGUAAGUCUUGAAUGCAACAAAGCAGUAUCUCAAGCAAAACAAAUAGUUGGUGAUUACAUAAACGAUUACGAUGUGAUUCUUGAUGUUUGCUAUCCAUCUAUAGUGGAGCAAGAGUUACGACUGCGGAAAAUGGCUACUAAGAUAAGUGUUGGAGUUGAUGUAUGUAUGACGUAUGAAAGACGGUUUUAUUUGAACCUUCCUGAAGUUCAGGAAGCCCUUCAUGCAAAUCGUACAAACUUGCCUUAUACUUGGAGUAUGUGCAGUGGCAUUCUUAAUUACAGCGAUACUGAUUGGAACAUCAACAUCCUUCCCUUGCUCACAAGGAUAGUUCAAAAUCAUAUUCCCGUUUGGGUUUUCAGUGGGGAUCAAGAUUCUGUGGUACCAUUAUUGGGCUCCCGGACACUGAUACGUGAACUAGCACAUGACCUAAAGUUCCCGAUAACAGUCCCAUACGGAGCUUGGUUUCACAAGGGCCAGGUGGGCGGUUGGGCUACAGAGUACGGAAAUCUGUUGACAUUUGCCACAGUAAGGGGCGCUGCUCAUAUGGUCCCCUAUGCUCAACCUUCAAGAGCAUUGCGCCUCUUCAGUUCAUUUGUUCGUGGUCGAAGAUUGCCCAACACAACGCUUCCUUCCAUUUACGAGUAAACAAGUUAUGGGAAUUGGUACAAUGUAGCGGUAGAAGCUACUAGGUUCAGAAAUUCAUUUCUUUACCGCAAGGGCAAUAAAGAAAGUUGAUUUGUUUUUGGCAAGAGUACGGAAAAAAAAGAGGGAUGGGCGAUAAGUGUAUAAAAGAAGAUUUCAACGGCAUCUGCAAAAGCAUUCAUUUGAGGCCAAUCAAGAAACUCUGCAAAAACAUUUCAUCGAUAGCUCGUGUUUUUCAUGGAGUGUGUUGACAAUCACUUAACUUUUGUGUUUGAAUCAUACAAAAUGAAACUGGGAAUCCCAUUCAAGUGGCAGUCUUACGGUAGAAAUUGAUCGGCCGGAUGAGUUUGUAACAAUGGUCAGAUGUAUCAACCCAAGAAAUGGACAAACACGAGGUUUCUAAAAGAAAUAAAUGUUCAUGAUUAUAAUCAAA